CUUCGUUAAUGUUGAAGAGGGUUGAGUCUCUGAACAGCAAAAGUGUAUCUGUGUUUAUUUCAGCUAGAAGAGGAAGGGUCUGAAAGGGGUGUGUGCACCAUGACUGCAUGGGCACAAGUACAGAGAUCUGUUUUACAGUCAUGAGCAGUAUAAAUUAACUUUAAUAGGGCCUACAAAUAUUUUUUUUGAUAUUUGGCACUAGUGGGUAUUUUUGUAUUCUUCAUUUUUUUCCAUAUAUGCCAAUAGUCUAUUUAAUGUAUUGUAUUGCAUUGUAUUGUUAUGUUUUGUAUAGCAUGCACGGUAUGUGUUCUGAUGUAGGGCUAGGUGUGUGACAACUUUUGAAACAACAGUAGACAAGUGUUUGUGUACAUCAUUCCAUUUAUAUCAAUGUUUUGUCGAUGGAUGAUCACAAUGUCAUACUUUGAAUAACAAUGUAUCACUUUGGCUGGUUCUUCACGGUGUGAAGGAGGGUGUAUUUAAUUCUGGAACCAGCAACGAGCCAAUGAAAUGUCACGAUCCACGUUACCAAUGGCAACGAACUCCAAACAAUCCUCUAGAUGUAAAAGAAGAGCAAGCACAAUAUUCCAACCUACAGAAUCUAGAGUCAUUCACUUGUAAGUCAUUCAUAAAUUCCUAGCAUGACAAAUAAUAGUUGAUUUCGUUUAUUAAGCCUAUUAACUGAACCAAGUGUACACUUUCAGGACAUUUAUUUUGCGUUUUUAGCUGCUAUGUGCUUGCAUGUCAACCAUGUCAAUGUCAGCCAGGAGGUGUUUGAAUAUUAAAUGACGAGACAGAGGCAUUGAUGCGAGUAACCAGUCUUGUUCAGUACAAGGUGCGUAUAAAUAUCGUUUUUUUUGUUACGGUUUAGGGUUUGUUGAAUCACAAAAUUACCUCUACACUAGUCUGCUAGCCAUUUGUGCAUCCAAUCGACCCCAAGUGUUUUAUGAACGUAAGGAGAUGAGCUCACCACUUUCAAUGUUGAGGAAAAACCGACGUGUGCCUCUUCCCGGGCCCAUGAACCAGCAAGGGAGAAGAGUGCCUUUCAAGGAGAAUCCAUUUUCAGAAUAUGGAGCUACUCUGCUGAAUGAUGUAUCUGCUUUGAAUCACCCUGCGCCUCAGGCUCAAGCCACUGAUAGUGCCUGUCCUUCCAAAUCAAAUGGCAAACAAAGGAAAAGCAACAGUUGUUGUGCACCCCCUAGUGAUUUGGAGCUGAUGUCCUCUAUGGUGCAGAGGCUGACCCUGCUGGAGACCAAGGUGAAGACCCAAGCCCUGGACAUUGAUCACAAGGAGAAAAUAAUUACAGCUCUGGGGGAGAAAAUGAAGCUUCUUCAGAAGUCAACAGAGAAAAACAGUGAUAGGAGCAGAGAGGAUGAUCUCAUAAAAACAUGCCACAGGCUUCAGGGCCAGGUAUCGGAGAUGGAGCGGUUUCUGAACGACUACGGAAUGAUCUGGGUGGGGAGCGGAGAGGAGCGUGACACAGCCAGUCAACAGGAAGUAGAGGAAGCUGAGCAGACUCAGAGCUCCGAGAGAGGGGUGCGGCAACCAGAGACCUCUGUGGCCAGGAGGAACUUCCAGAUAAACUUUGACCUGGUGCUCCAGAACAUCCAGCAGUUAAACAUCCUGGCUGGGGAGGGAGAGUCCUACGUCAGGGUCACGUCCAGAGGGGCUCAGCUGGCCCAGCAGCACCUCAUUCCACUACGGCUCUACAGCAAUGGCAUCUUCAUGUUCAAUGGGCCCUUCCGCUCUUACCAGGAAGCCAGCACACAGCAGUGCAUGCAAGACCUGAUGGACGGAUACUUCCCUUCUGAGCUACAGGACAGGUUUGCAGACGGGGUGCCCUUUCAGGUUCACGACAGGCGAGAGGAGGAGUUCCAAGAGAGGCGACCGUGGGCCGAGUUCCCUGGGAAGGGGCAGGCUGUGGUUGGAUGCACAGAGGGGGAGAAAUCAGACAGCUUAGAACACGCCUACUGUACCGUCUCCCAGAUACCCGGCAGAAAACUGACAAUGGACCAAUUCCUGAACAGGCUGCCCAAGGUGGUGGUGAAGGCUGGUAGAGUGAUUGACAUCAGAGACUCCGUGAAAGCCAGUCUACAGGGCUCUUCUGAUGCUUCAAACAGCCAUGCUGUGACCGUCAUAGACACACCAGAGCUACAGGCUAUGAAAGAGAGGUUGGAGUUGCAUGAGACUGAUCCCCAUAACUUGGUCCGUGAUGUCACCACACUGAGGGUGAAGUCAGAGGAUGGCGAGCACACCUACAUCAUGAAGAUGCGUUUCUCAGAGACCAUAGGUCAUCUGCGCCAGUAUCUGGACAAGCACAGAUGGACAGAUGCCACAGCGUAUGAUAUCAUCAGUGCGUUCCCACAGCGCUGGUACAGUGAGGACUCUCAGACACUCCUCUCCUGUGGGCUUACUCCCAAUGCUGCUCUGCUGCUUAGGACUAGGCCAGGCCCUCGUCAAUGACAGAGCAACAAAUCGCCCUGUCACUCUCCUCAUGGUUAUAAAAUAUUGUAUUUACUUUCAUAAGCAUGUAUAUUCAGAUCUGAUAGGGAUGUGACACUAGGGGGUGCCAACACUUACAGAACAAUCCUUUUCAGGAUCAUCAUGACAUGGGAAAAUCCUAAUUUCCAUAGGGACACUUGCAUAAUUAUUGAUGUAGAUAAUUCACCUUGAACCAUGACUGCUUAAAAAAAAAAAAGAGGUAGAGUUAGCGAAAUAACAUUGCAUGAGCAAGAUUCACUCUCACACACACAGUAUUUGUACAUGGGCAUGGGUUUCUUUUCAUACUCUUAGGGACCAAAACAGCAGAGACGUUUAGCCUGGCGCGCCAAUGAUCUUGGUUGUUGCGGAAAAUUGGCCCACUAUGCAUCUACGUCAUAUCGCUGACUCUGAUUAAAAUCCUUACAUUUUAAAGGUAAAGAAAAUUACAAGAUCAAAGCCAACUUAUUGAAAAAACGUUAUUUCUAAAAUGUGUAAAUACAAUUAAGGAUAAAAAAUAUAUUCAAUAUAAAACAUUUACAUUUUUGAAAAACAUUUGACAUAAGGCAAGUUUGUCUAACUUUGUUAAAGCUCAAAUGAAAACUCACAUUAGUCUCAUCUAGACAAUGUUAGACAUCCAAAUGUCUGUCCCAACUUAGUGCCAUGAUGUUCGUCAACUGAAGGAAAGCAUUUGACGUGACGUUCCAUCAAUAAAUCAAACCACUGUUUUUUUUGCUCUUCAAACACUGAAACAAACUAGAUGAAAGUUAGUGUUUGAUUUUAUUAGGAUCUCUUUUAGUCCCCAUUUGGACUAAUCUUCCAAGAGUCCUUAACAUUAAAAUACAAUUUAUAAUACAAAACACACUUUCACAUAUAACACACUAUUACAAACAUACAUAAUACACUAGCAUAAUGACCCAAUAAAUACUCAAUCUAAAAAAAUAUUGAUUCUUCAUCUACUAUAGUCCCACAACAUUUCUAUAUACUAUAUUUAAAUUGUUUUAAAAUAAUGUUUAAAUGUAUAUAUUGAAAGGUUUCUAGUUUGCUCAGUUAAUUUAUUCCAUUUCUUUAUUGCUCUAAAUCAAAAUGUUAUUUUGCCCAUUUCUUUUUUCUGUCUGGAUUACGCAUAGAUGGUGGACAAUCUAUUCCUAGUAUAUACGGAAUGUCUGUCUCUUACCAACUGAAUACCAAUGUGAAUAGAACUCGGCUGUUUUAAAUUAUGUAUAUUAUAAAAUAAGAUAAUUGAAAAAAAACAUGCUUAUCUUGUCGAUUGAUGACCAACCAAGAACACUGCGCAUGACUGCAACAGAAGAACCAUAUCUCCGCCUUAAAACAAUCCUUGCUGCUUUAUUCUGUGCAUUCUGCAGCCUCCUAACUUCACUAGAUGAUGCAUUUCCCCAGACCACUGAACAAUAGUUCACUUGACUCUCAACCAAUGCCUGUGUUAUUUGCUGAAGCAUUUUCCCUGGUAAAUAUUUAGCUAUCCUUCUGAUUAUGCAUGCUGUUUUAAUAUAUUUUUUUUAACAUAAAUUUGUUAUUUGAGACGACCAUGAUAAGCAGUUGUCUAGCUGCACUCCCAGUAGUUUGGUUUCUGCCACUUCUUCAAUUUGUACUCCUCCCAUAUUUAAUUGUAUCCCAUGCUGUUUUGGCAUUUUCCUAGUUGAACAGACCAACAUAGCUUUGGUUUUCUUGGUGUUUAAAGCAAGUUUGUUUUGGCAAACCCAUUUCCUGAUAAUCUCCAAAUCUCCUUGCAAAGCUUGCUGUACCUGUUGAACCGAUUGUCUUGCUGCAUAAAUUGUAGUAUCAUCUGCAAAUAUAGUAGCUUGAGUUUCAACCAAGGCAUAGGGAAGGUCGUUGGUGUAUAUUAAGUAGAGAAGUGGCCCAAGGCAGCUGCCCUGUGGUAUUCCACAGUUUAACACAUUAGGGGAAGAAAAUGAACCAUUGAUAUAGGUAGACUGUUUCCUGUCAGUUAGAUAUGACUGUACCCUAUUCAAUGCUACCUCCUUAAAACCAUAAUGCAUUAAUUUCAUGAUCCACUAAAUCAAAUGCUGCACUGAAAUCUAAAAAUAGUACACCUACAAACCUGCCAUUAUCCAUAGCAUUGAGCCACUGGUCAGUCAUGUCAACCAAUGCAGUGGUAGUGGAAUAGUUUUUGCGAUAAGCAUGCUGAUUGGCUGUAAUCAGAUCAUUCUUUUCCAUAUACUCCCACAUUUGUCUACUCACAAUUACCCUCCAAUAUUCUCUUACUGAGUGUAGGGAGUAGACUAAUUGGUCGACUAUUGGCAGGAGUAAUGGGUUCUUUGCAGUCUUUCGGAAUAGGACACAGUUUCGCAUGCUUCCAUACAUUUGCAAACAACCCCUUUUCCAGUGACCAAUUAAAUAUGUAUCUCAGUGGAACUGCAAUCUGGGGAGCAGCACAGCGAAGUAAAAAAAAUUGUCCAUAAGACCAUAACCUGUAGAUUUACCAUUAGUGUUUAGUCAUGUCGCACAUUUUUUUUUUUCAUGGCAAAAUACUGGCAUCCAUUAGUUAAGUUAUUAACUUGGAACCAAAACAUUUCUCGCUAUUAGAUGGAAAUAAAAUAAUACUAUCAACACGGAUGGCAGAGACAUUUUGCUUGUACAGAUAUGGGCACCAAAGUGAACACAGUGUAUCAGGACAAAGUAGGCACAGGGACUCACCUGUUAAAUUACAGUAUGUUGCUCUGUAAGACAGACCCUUACCAACAAACCAGUACCACAAAUAGUGUUAAAGGAGUGUGUAAAAUGGCUUCAGUCCUCAUUGCCACGGACCGUUAUCCCCAAAACUAGCUGUGAUGGAGAUAUCUUCUUCUUAGAAGACAACCCACAAAGAAAUGUUUCAAGAAUGUAGAGUUGCUCUGUUGGCUUGAAACACUAAAAUAAGUAAAGUUUUGAGAAAAAAAGCCACUAGCAAAUUUUACGGGCGACGGCAGCAAAAGCGCAGAACCUUAACAGUUUCGAUCUACAGAUUGAUCAUCAAAGCAAGCCCACUACCUGAGAGAGAUAUCUGCAAACAUGAAAAACAAAUGUAACUGUGCUAUUGUACAGACGGGACGGAUGUCUCUGAACAAUAUCUCAGUUAUACUGCUGACAGAAUGUCUUUUCAGUAUUAGCCCUACCACUUAACAGCCACCCACAC